AUGGCAGACCCACCAUCGCCAGGGGUGUCCAACACUGCCUUGCCGUCUGCGAUCUCCCAGUCACGUCCCACGGCUCCAGACACUUUUCACCCUGUACCUGUACCGAAAGACCAGAAGAAUGUCGUGGGGACUAUACCUGCCCCGCUUCAGCAUCAGAAAGAUGCAGGUCCAUCUACAUAUGAUUAUACAGAGAACGCACCGGAUGCGGUGGUACAGGCUGUAGCGAUCGAAAGAGAACGGGAGAGGAAGGAAGGUCCGCAGGAGAUGAUGGUGGGAAGUUGGACGAGUUGGGCUGGUGGUGAGAAUGAUGGCGGAAUCACACCUUCUUCGAUUACCCGUACGCACAUAAGACCAGGGUCAAGACGUGCUUCAAUAGCAUCUAGACAGUCGUUCACGCAAGAUCGACCCUCUGGUCAGUUUCGUCGGCAGACUGGCUCACAAGUGGACUUACUCCAGUCUCCGAGCUCUGGAGUCUUCGCCAUCGAUUCGGAAGACGAAGACCACGGGGCAGGGCAAAGGAUGGGAAGGUCAUAUAGUAAACGAUCAACGCGGCGACACAGUAGAGCUCAAUCAAGUCAAGUCGCCGCUCCCUCAGGUGGAUAUUUCUCUUAUAGACCUGAUGAGCAUGUUCAAGCCCAAGCCCAGUCUCCAGCUGCCAUGGACGACGAUUAUGAGCCAUCACCGGCCAGUCCAAUGAUGAGUCCCGCAAGACCCUCAACCACCUUGGGUAGAAUCGCAUCGUACAUUGGAUUUUCAAGGAACGAGGUAGAAGACGAAGAAGCAGGACUACCAGACGGUCAUAGAAGAUCAUAUUCUCAUUCUAGAUCACGAAGAGGGUCUGGGUCGGAAGCCUCCAGUCGAAGACACAGGACAAGAUCCAGAUCACCUUCGACGAGUGAAGAAGAUGAUUGGUAUGGUGAUGAAGAUGACGCCGACUCCUAUAUGUCUGAGAGAGAUCCCGAAGAAGGAUACACAUCUUCUCUGGCGGAUGACACUUCCUUGCCGCCCCAAUCGAGACCCACCUCACCCAAUAUGCCUUUAGUGCCAUCAGCAACAGACGGUAUUUUCGGUGAACCGAAUGCAAGACCAUACGACAUGGCCGAACCUAAAGAUUUCGUUAGUGUUGCUGUGCCAUCCAGGCAAACUGUUGUUUUACCCGACGAAGAUCUAUCAAUAAGAUUCACAUGCUACAGAACAGAUCCGUUCAGGAAUGCUAUUUGGUGGUUUGGAUGUAUUGUCACUUUUGGUGCUCUAGGACUGUUGGGUAGAUGGAUCCCUAGUAUAUGGGUCAAGUUUUUGGGUAAAGAAACGGCUUUUGAUGAAGCAAAAGAAGGAACUUGGCUUGUUGUCGAGACUCCAUAUGGCGAUCUACAUGUGAUACCCUUGCAGAUCAUUCCUUAUCCAUACCCACUAUCGACUGUCUUCCCUCAUCACGCUCCAACUGCCCCGCCUACAGCCGGAUCAUCUACUGCGCCGUCUCUUCGAGGUCACAAUGGCUCACCCAAUAUCAAUCACACGUCCAACGGUGAUUCUGCUGGUGGUGGUGUAGGAGGAGCCAAAGAUCUAUUACCCGAUUUAGAACCUGGAAAGACGACCUGGGAGGAGACUAUGGGAUUCUUAAAGACCAUGGAGUAUAGGUAUACUAAAUUCGCACUGGAUCCUGCUACCGGGAGAUGGGCGAUGAUCAGAGAUUGGAGAGAUCCAAAAUGGACUUCUGCGAGAGCCGUGGCUCAUGGACUUGAGAGUCCCGUUAGAGAACAAAGAAUGGUCCUAAUGGGCGAUAAUAUCAUUGAUAUCGCGUCGAAGUCUAUCUUUGGGUUACUCGUCGAUGAGGUCCUCCACCCGUUCUACGUAUUCCAAAUCGCUUCCAUCGUUCUAUGGUCUCUGGACGACUACUACUACUAUGCCUUUGCUAUUGCCCUUAUCUCCAUCACGUCGAUCCUAUCUACUUUGGUCGAAACCAAGCGAACUAUCGAACGAAUGAGGGAGAUGUCCCGAUUCCACUGUGAUGUUCGAGUAUUGGUUGAUGGUGAAUGGGUGGUUAUGGAUUGUGCCAAGCUCGUCCCUGGAGAUAUAUUCGACGCUUCCGAUGCCAACUUGCCUGUCUUCCCUUGUGAUGCUGUAUUACUCUCCGGCGAUGCGAUCGUCAACGAAUCGAUGUUGACUGGAGAAUCAGUACCGGUCAGUAAAAUACCUGUGAAAGAUGAAAAUCUACGAUCGAUGUCAAAGGAAACGAAACAAGGAUCUUCGGAGAUCGACGGUGAUCUGGCCAAACAUUACUUGUUUUCUGGUACGAAGAUCAUAAGAGUCAGAGCUGGAGCUAGACCACCCUGGGCACCAAAGUCGGAAGAACCAGUGGCAUUGGCUAUGGUGACUAGAACUGGGUUCAACACCACUAAAGGUGCUUUAGUAAGAUCGAUGUUGUUCCCUAAACCGAUGGGUUUCAAGUUCUAUCGUGACUCCAUGAAUUUCAUUGGUGUUUUGACUAUCAUCGCUGGAUUGGGAUUCGCUGUCUCCGCUGUUCAGUUCAUCCGGAUUGGGAUCCAUUGGCAUACCAUCGCCCUCCGAGCUCUAGACCUGAUUACCAUUGUCGUCCCACCUGCAUUACCCGCAACACUCACCAUCGGUACCACGUUCGCUAUCGAACGAUUGAGGAAAAGCGGUAUCUUCUGUAUAUCGCCUAACAGAGUCAACAUAGGUGGUAAGAUCAACGUGGUAUGUUUCGACAAGACUGGUACCUUGACAGAAGACGGAUUAGACGUAUUGGGGGUCCGUACGAUCGAUAGACAGGAUCAAAGGUUUUCCGAAUUACAUUCCGAGAUUCAAGAUGUGCCGAUCGAAGGUGGAAUCAACGGUAAAACGCCUUUAUUAUAUGCUUUAGCCACAUGUCAUGCUCUCAAGUUGAUCGAUGGUGAAGUCAUUGGUGAUCCACUGGAUAUCAAGAUGUUCGAAUAUACCGGCUGGACAUUGGACGAAGGUCAAUCGAGACCUAUACCCAACAAGGCUACUUCCACCUCGGCGAGCGGAUCAGGAUCGGGAACAAAACCUCAAAGUCUCAUUCAGACUGUUGUGAGACCACCCGGGACGGAUCGGUGGAAGAUGGAAGAUGCUUUGAAAGCUGGUAGCAAGCACGCCCACUUCCUUGAACUCGGUGUCAUCCGGACUUACGAUUUCGUUUCGGCCUUACGAAGGAUGAGUGUCAUCGUCAAGAGGCUAAAAUCAAAUAGUAUGGAAGUCUAUGUGAAGGGCGCACCGGAAGUCAUGCCUGAUAUCUGUGAUCCUUCUACUUUCCCACUUGAUUACGAUGAUAUGCUUUCUUACUAUACUCGAAAUGGUUUCCGAGUAAUUGCUAUCGCCGGUAAAUCCAUCGAGGGGUUGACUUGGCUCAAAGCGCAAAGGAUGAGACGUGAGGUGGCCGAAUCCGAUCUUCAAUUCCUUGGGUUCAUUGUAUUCGAGAACAAGCUCAAACCCAAUACAGCACCGAACAUCCACACAUUGCGUGCAGCUCAUCUGGCAUGUCGAAUGGUGACAGGAGAUAACGUCCGAACUGCAAUCUCAGUCGCAAGAGAAUGCGGUAUGGUAUCUCACUCGGCCAGCGUGUACAUACCGACUUUCAUACCUGGUACCGGUACCUCGGAGGGCGCUCAAUUAGACUGGUCAUCUGUCGAUGAUGAACGUCAUAAAUUGGAUGAAUAUACUUUGAAACCCAUGGUUACUCAGAUGGGAGUUACGUUGGAUGGUCAAGAUCCAGAGAGUCACGAUUAUCAAUUGGCUUUGACGGGUGAUGUGUUUAAGUGGAUGUUGGAGUAUGCCGAGUUGGAAACUAUGGAGAGGAUGCUCGUCAAAGGAGUCAUCUUUGCUCGAAUGUCACCAGACGAAAAAGCAGAACUGGUCGAACGAUUACAGGCAUUAGGUUAUACUGUGGCAUUCUGCGGUGACGGUGCGAAUGAUUGUGGUGCUCUUAAAGCUGCAGAUGUCGGAGUAUCAUUAAGUGAAGCCGAAGCCAGUGUAGCUGCUCCAUUCACCUCGAGGAUACCUGAUAUUGGAUGUAUGGUCGAGAUCAUCAAAGAAGGUAGAGCGGCUUUGGUCACCAGUUUCAGUUGUUUCAAGUAUAUGGCUCUCUACUCGAUGAUCCAGUUCACAACGGUCACAUUGCUUUAUUCGUUUGCUUCGAGUUUGGGAGAUUUCCAAUUCUUAUACAUUGACCUAUUCGUCAUUAUACCUAUUGCCGUAGCCAUGGGACGAACACUCCCAUACCCCAAGAUUCACCCAAAACGUCCUACGGCCAGCCUUGUCUCACGAAAAGUUCUUAUCAGUAUCAUUGGUCAGAUCGUACUCAACUCCGCAGUACAGAUAUUCGUAUUUGUAUGGGUUAGGAAACAAUCUUGGUACACUGCGCCGAAUACCAAUGUUGAUAAACUCGAGACGUUCAAUUAUGAGAACUCGGCGCUGUUCUUGGUAUCGUGUUUCCAAUAUAUCCUAGUUGCUGGAGUAUUCAGCGUUGGUCCUCCGUACAGGAAACCUCUGUAUACAAACCCAUCACUUGUCAUCUGUCUGCUGGGUCUUGGGGCAUUCUCAGCUUACGUUCUCCUAUCGCCUGCUCAGCCAAUCGCACUGAUAUUGGAUAUCAUCAAACUUCCCUUGGAAUUCAAAUUCGAACUGUUACUUAUAGCAGCUAUCAACAUUGCGGCUGCGUUUGGAUUCGAGAGGUUCGGUGAGAAACCCAUUAGUAGAUUGCUGGUCGCUAUCAAACGGUGGAGAUUUAAGAAGAGAGGUAGAGGAUAUAGAGCUGUUGAGAGGGAAGUUAGGUAG